AUGGCUACUUUAAGUGAUUUAUUUCUACAAGAUUUAGCUGAUCUUAAACAAGAAUAUUCUAAUACUAAUAAUAUAGAAAUACAAAAAAGUCAAGAAGAUAAGGAUAAGGAUGAACUAGAAAAAAAUUUAAGUAAAGUUUUUAAUACUAUUAAUAAUGGUAUAAAUAUAAAAGAUGAAAAUAAUUAUUAUAGAGUUAUAGAGGAUAUAAUACAUACACUUGGGAAUAUUGAUAAAAUAAUUGAAAUAUUACAUAAAAAUGUUAUUAAUUUAUAUAGGCCUAAAUUUGGAGAGUUAUCAAGUAUAAUUAUAAAUCCAAUUCAAUAUUUAGAAGUAGUAAAGAGAUGUAUCCAUGUAUCAGAUAUUACACAAGUUCAAUUUAAUGAUAUUUUACCAAAUUCUAUAGCUAUGACAAUUUCUAUUGCUGCUAGUACAAAUACAAAUGCUAAUAUUUCAAAUGAUACCUGCAUAAAUAUUGAAAAUUUAAUAGAUGAUGCAUUUUCUUUAUUUAAAAAGAAAAAUGAACUUUUGAAAUUUGUUGAAUUAGAAAUGGAUAAAAUUGCACCUAAUCUAUCUUCAUUAGUAAAUCCUAAUUUAGCUGCAAUGCUUAUUUGUAGUACAAAUGGAUUAAGAAAUUUGGCUGAAAUGCCAUCCCAAAAUAUAAUGUUACUUGGAAGUGAUAGAAAAAGUCGUAAAUAUGGAUUAUAUACAACAGGAGUAUUAAGAAUUGAAUUACAACAAAGUUAUCUUUCAAAAUGUGAUAUAGUAUUAGGAGUGCCUGAAUUAUUUAAAAAAAAAGCUCUUAGAUUAUUAUCUUCUAAAUGUAGUUUAUGUGCAAGAUUAGAUUUAGCUAAAAGUAAUAAAGAUGGUAAAUAUGGAAAGAAUUGGCGUGAUUAUAUAAUAAAGAUAUUAAAUAAAUCUCAAGAAUCACCACCACCUCCUUUAAAAAAACCUUUACCUAUUCCUGAAGAAUUACCAAAAUCUCGUAGAGGUGGUAGAAGGAUUAGAAAGAUUAAGGAAAAGUCUAAGAUGUCAAAAUAUUCUAAGGAUAUGAAUAGAAUGAUUUUUGGUGAACCAGAAGAGGAAUAUAUGGUAGAAGGAGAAUCUGUUGGUUUAGGUGUAUUAUCAAGUGAAAAUAUUGGGAAAAUGAGAAGUAUCCUCCCUAUUAAGAAUAAAUCUAAGUAUAAUAAUGAUACUCAAUUAAAUAAUAAUGUUAACGGUACAUCUACUUCAAUAUCUUUUACUCCAUAUCAAGGUAUGCAACUUUAA